AUGGGUCUCUAUGAAUCUGAAGCAGAAUUUGCUACUGAUAGCAGCACUGAAUGGAGCCUUAUUUGGAGGUUGCAACUUGGAAACUUUGGCAUUGGCGAAAUGAAUUCAUCUUUAAAGGGGAGACUCAGAAACCUCAUGAACCAGCACUGUGCCUAUGAAGCAGAAGAUGGGCAAUGCUUAAGUCAUCACGGUGACAAAACCAAGUCCUUAAUUCUGCUUUCCUUUGGAGCGGCUUCCAUGGAAGGCCAGAGCCACAUUAUGAUGCCUCUGACCGAUAAUCCUCCCGCCACUUCCAUGUACCGGCGAUCUUCUUCUUCUUCAUCAGGGCCUCCUCUGAGCGCCAUAGACAGGUUCCUGUGGGGCCAACUCAGUCACCUUUCUGCUCUGUGGCCUAACAGUGACGACAUAGAAGCAAGUUUAAUGGAUGGGUUUAUAGCGAAUAAUGAAGCCCAUCAGAUGAUGAUACCUACAGUACUGAAGAAACAAGUGCAAGUUCUGGGGAAGAAUAAAGCUACUGGUAAUACAACGGUGGCAGGGAAGAGAAUCAAUAAGAAAGGGUCUUCUUCUGCGUCGUUGAUCAAAGGACAGUGGACUGAUGAAGAAGACAGGAAACUGGUGAAGCUGGUGAAUGAAUACGGGGUGAGGAAAUGGGCUCAGAUAGCUGAGAAUUUGGAGGGAAGAGCUGGGAAGCAAUGCAGAGAGAGAUGGCAUAAUCAUUUACGUCCUGAUAUUAAGAAGGAUAGUUGGAGUGAGGAAGAAGAGAAAAUAUUGGUAGAAACACAUGCAAAGGUAGGGAAUAGGUGGGCAGAGAUAGCGAAGAGAAUUCCAGGAAGGACAGAGAACGCAAUCAAGAACCAUUGGAAUGCCACCAAAAGGAGACAGAACUCCAAGAGAAACCACAAAUCUGCAAACAAAACCUCCAACAACAAUGGAAGAAAGCCUCCUUCUUCCAUUCUUCAAGAUUACAUCAAAAGCAAGACCCUCUCCAAUAAUAAUAACCCCACCAUUAUUGGCAAUGACGACCACCUUCAGGGCCCAACUGAUGAAAACCAAUUCAAGCUUGUGGUUUCUGAUCAUCAAGAUCCCUCUCAUGAACCUGUGAUGGCUGAAGCAUUUGAUGAUGAACUUCUCUUCAUGCAACAGUUCUUCCAGGACAAUUAUCAGAAUCAGCAGGUUCAGUCCACUUUGGAUUUUUAUCGAACAGAUGCUGGGCAUGAGGGGUAUCUUCCUGAGCAGAGUGUUGCUGCUACCAUUGGUGCUCCCGUGAAACAAUACCAUCAUCAUUCUGAUCUGUUUCUGGCUCAGUUAUUGAAUGGGGUUGGUUAUAAUUCACCCAUUUUCUGCUGUGAUUAUGGAAAAGAUCAAAAUUUCAACAUGGGUUUGCAGGUAGAGGAUGAUCAGCAAUCUUGGUAUGAAGCAAAGAGAGAGAUGGAUUUGAUGGAACUGGUUUCCUCUCAGCUUUCAACUAGUAGCAGCAAUAGAAGCUUCUAG